UUCUCAUAGGUGAUGUUACGAGUAUCAAAUUUGAUCUUUGGAACGGCACACAAACAUACUGGGUAAAAAUAAAAUAAAAUAAAGUAAAAGAUAAUUAAACUUAUUAAAGGAAAAUAUUUCGAGUUGAAUUUAAUUGUAAUUAUGAACAGUUUAAGAAUUUUUGGUCUUAGGACGAUAAAUAAAUUACGUACUGACAGGAGAUGUAUCGCUUCAAUAGCAAGUCUACCAGAAACUCAUCGCAUGCUUCAAAAAACCGUGAGGGAUUUUGCGGAAGCUGAGUUGAAACCGAUUGCGGGACAACUUGACAAAGAGCACAAAUAUCCAGCGGAGCAGAUUAGAAAGAUGGGAGAGCUAGGAUUGAUGUCGAUAGCGACAGCAGAAUCUCUUGGAGGCACUGGUUUGGAUUACAUGGCCUACGUGAUUGCCAUGGAAGAAAUAUCUCGAGGAUGUGCUAGCGCUGGUGUAAUUAUGAGCGUAAAUAACUCAUUGUACUUGGGUCCGAUCGAGAAGUUUGGUAAUGAAAAGCAGAAAGAAAAAUACGUAAUACCAUUUACAGACGGUACUAAAGUAGGAUGUUUCGCACUGAGUGAGCCUGGGAAUGGUUCUGAUGCUGGUGCAGCUUCGACAGUUGCUAAAAAAGAAGCUGAUGGCUACCGAAUCAAUGGAACCAAGUGCUGGAUCACUAAUGCAAAUGAGGCUAAUGGUAUUGUACUGUUCGCUACAACUGAUAAGUCCAAAAAACACAAAGGAAUUAGUGCAAUAAUUGUCGAUUCACCAACAAAAGGUCUGGAGAUUGGUAAGAAAGAAGACAAACUGGGCAUUCGUGCAAGCAGCACUUGUUCAUUGAUGUUUGAAGACUGUCUAGUACCACCAGAAAAUAUUCUUGGUGAACCCGGCAUGGGUUUCAAAAUAGCCAUGAUGUCUCUUGAUGCCGGGAGAAUUGGAAUUGCAAGCCAAGCACUUGGUAUCGCUCAAGCUUCACUUGACUGCGCCGUUGAGUACGCAAGUAAACGUAUGGCCUUUGGUAAUCCGAUAGUAAAAUUACAGGCAAUCCAACAAAAAAUCGCCGAUAUGGCAUUAAGACUCGAAAGCGCGAGAUUAUUAACAUGGCGAGCUGCUCAUCUCAAAGACACCAAUAAGCCAUUUACCAAAGAAGCCGCGAUGGCUAAAUUAGCAGCUUCCGAAGCCGCAACUUUCUGCUCGCAUCAGUGCAUUCAAAUUCUCGGUGGCAUGGGUUACGUGUCUGAUAUGCCAGCUGAACGUCAUUACAGAGAUGCCAGAAUUACUGAAAUUUAUGAAGGGACUUCUGAAAUUCAGCGACUUGUCAUCGCUGGUAAUAUCAUCAAAGAAUACGGAGUCUCUGGUUGAUAAGAAUCUCACAAAUUAAUAUUUUUUGAGACCUACAGCCUUGACAUAUAUUUUUACGAUAAUAAUUAAGAAAAAAAAAUUAAUGAAAUGAAGAUAUUUUUUAUACUAAGAUUUAAGAAAUUCAUAAAUCUAUAUGAUAUCGAUCAAUGCAAUUUUAAGUUAUAAGUGACGUUUAAAAAUGAUUUUAUGUAUGCAAAUAUAUGUAUAUAUUUAUAGUAUAAAAAAAAUGGGAAAGGAAGACUAUAAAUAAAUCCAGAAGAUGCUUUUAUAUAUAUUAUAUAUAUAUAUAUGAUAUUGAAAGAUUUUUAGGAAUCAAUAAACACCUUGUGAUUUGCUAUA